CGGCCAUCCCCGGGCGGAGCGGCCGCCCCCGGGCCCGGGGAGCCGCAGGGCCGGGAGGAGCCGGGAGGAGCCGGGAGGAGCGCGGCUGCGGGGCGGCCCCGGGCCGGGUAAACACGCCGGGAUUCCUGCGGCCCUUCAGCGAUACAGGAUGCUGUUUCCUCUGGUGUUGUGUGCAGUUAUGCUGGUAGGGAGCGGUAAAGUUCAAGAAGAUGAAUGGAUUGACCCCACGGAUAUGCUCAAUUAUGAUGCAGCGUCAGGAACAAUGAGAAGACCUUACAAGGCAAACUAUCAUGACUCUGAGGAUAAGACUGCGGAUACAGUCAGUACUGAAAUCUCACCGAGUUGUUCCAGGACAAUAGAUGCCUUGCAACAGAAGAUUGCAGAAUGUGAGAAGAGGAAUGCCAAGUCACAGGAAAGCCGGAGCUUUUAUAUUUUUAGGCGAUACUUGAAUAAGAUUUUAAAUGAAGCUGGAAAACUUGGCCUUCCUGAGGAGAACGUGGGCCAAGUCCACUACGACGCCGAGAUCAUCCUUACAAAGCAGACGUAUUUGGAGAUCCUCAGGUUCCUCAAUGAGGACACCUGGCAGCCAGGUGCCAUGGAUGAUGCACUCAGUGACAUUUUGAUCAAUUUUAAGCACCACGAUUACCAAGCUUGGCACUGGAGAUUUGAAGACACUUUUGGAAUUGACCUAUAUAAUUUGUUUUUGCUGCUCUUGUGCUUAGCAUGCAUUGUAACUGUAAUAGCUACAGAGCUCUGGACACGGAUUCUUUUGUUUGUUCAGCUAAAACGUCUUUUAUUGAUAAGUUUUUUCAUCAGUUUUGCAUGGAAUUGGCUUUAUUUGUAUAAGUUGGCCUUUGCACAGCAUCAAGCAGAAAUUGCGAAAAUGGGGCAGUUUGAUAACAUCUGUGCUGAGAAGUUGGACUGGCGAGAAAGUCUUUUUGAAUGGCUUAGGAGUACCUGGACGUUACAGGACGAUCCCUGUCAGAAGUACUAUGAAACUCUACUUGUAAAUCCUAUUUUGCUGGUUCCACCAACAAAGGCCUUGGCAAUUACUUUCACCAACUUUGUAACUGAGCCUUUGAAGCACGUAGGACAAGGUAUUGGUGAAUUCAUCAAAGCACUAAUGAAGGAGAUUCCGUUCGUUCUGCAGGUCCCAGUACUAAUUAUGAUGGCUCUGGCUGUCCUGGCUUUUUGCUACGGUGCAGGAUCAUCAGUGUCUGCAUUAAGAUACCUGGCAUCGUCUCAGAGGAGAACUCUUCCUCCAGCUGACAGCGCACGGGAGCAGAUCGGCUUUGGGCAGUACGACGGGAGGCAGGCAGAGGACUAUUACCUGCAGCAGCGCCCCUAUGUGUUCAGAGGACACCAGGACAGAGGAGAUGCCUCUGUGAGACCUCCCCUCACCGUGAGGGCAGGGAAUGGCAGCAGGAAUCCCGACACGGCACAUUCCAGCCAUGAGCCGGAUGCACACGCACAAGACUCUGCCAAGUCAGAACCUAAUAAUAGGUUGUACACCGGGUCUGAAGUUCAUAGACUAGAAACUCUCAAAGCUGAAAACCGUACUGAGGAAGCUGCAGUUGAGCAGCAGAAACAGGAGACAGGCAAAGCAGAGCAAAAGGCUGGAGAAAACUGUGAUCCCAACAAAAACCUAGAGGGGAAAAGCUCUGCGAUGGAAGGAGGGGAAGAGAAGGAAAAGAGCCUUUUACGCGACUCCCAGGAAGGAGACUAAGGAGCCCCGAGCUCUGCUCUUGUGAUCGUAGAAUGAGGCUGAAAAAAUCCUCAUCUGGUACAGUGGAUCCUUUUGCAGAUGCUGGAGGAGCACAUCUUUGAUCAUCCAGUCUGGAACCCUGCAGACAGACCAAGAGAUAAAGCUGCAUAUUUACAGGAACAGAUAUAAUAAAUGAACAAUAGAAGUGAAAAAACUACUAAGAGCUUUUGUUUUCAGAUUUAAAGCUAUUAUAGAGACUUAAUUUGUAAGUUUUGUUUCAAGCUAAACUUGUCAAAUGAAGUUACUGAGAAUGUAAAUUAAGCUAAAAUGUCCAUAUUUAUCUGAAAAUACCCCCCAAGUGUCAUAUCACAGAAUGAGAUUUAAGUGUCCUUUGUCCAGAAGAAGAAUUUUAGCAUUAGUAUGGGGUAUUUCUAGUCUCGUAUACCAGAAAAUAUGGUUAUCUUCCUUUCCUUGUACAGGGAGUAAAAAAAUGUAUCUGAAUUUUGUAUUCUGAGAUGCUUAUAAACUUAUUUAAUUAAAUUCUUUUUGGUCUAACUGGUAUAUAUACCAGUUAUAUAUAUAUGUAUAAAUACUCUAAUUGACAAUCGAGCCACCUCACCCCCAUAUUGCUAGGAACUAUCAUUUACACUAAAUAUAAUGGGAAUCAUGACCACUGUUAUCACCAAAACUUGAAUACUAAAUUCUUUCAUUUUAUUUCACAGGAUUCCUGGUAUAUCAGGUGCCUUACACUUAAAACCAUUUUAAUACUCAUUUUAAUAGCCUCACUUACUUUCCUUCACUUUUUAAGAAUUUUUUCUAGAAAUAGUUACCAUAGCAUACAUUUUUGUUACUUGACACAGUUACUGUGCUAUAUAUACCAAAAUUAUGCUUACUAGACACUGGAUAAUUAAAAAAAAGAAAAAAUCAAGAAACAGAAAUUGUAAAAGAACCCCAAAACUUGGGAAAAAAAUCCUAAUGUUUGUUACGUUCUUCCUUAUCUGCUGAAUCAAUACGUAUCUUAAAUCACAAGAGACUCAAUAGCAGGAGGCACACACCACAUCCACAGACUCGGCAGCUGAGGGACUGACCUGGCAUUUUAUCAGUAUAUCAAAGAAGUCGUCGUCCAGCUCCCUGUUGUUGCUGCUGCUGCUGCCCACGAGGUGCCCCAGCACGGCCUGCCUGUCGCGCUGGGGGAGGCGCAGCCCGGGCAGGUUGCUCAGGCUGGCGCGCUGGUCGUCCAGGCGGCGGCUCUGCGAGCUCGCCAGCAGGUCCAGGAACUCAUCUGUGCGUGGGGACACCACAGAAGUGGAAAAGGCUGGGGAACAGGAAGAAAACAAGUUAGCCCAGAAAUAAGUUCCUUUCUGCAGGGAGUCGUGCAUGCAAAUACGUUUGGAAAAUGGUAUUUGGCAGAAACUCAAGUCAGAUACAGAUUUUACUUCAAAAAAAAUUACAUUUUCGCAUUGUUUUAGGUGGAGUAGAGGAUUUUGCCACUGAAGCAGCUGGGAGUCUGUUCUUCUCCUGGAAGCAGCACCUCUGGUCGUCCAUUCUGUUACUCUGGAAUCGACUCAGCAGAUCAAAGAACCCUUCAUCUGCCAUGGUCUCUCGACUGCUUUUCUGAAAAGGAGAAAAGAUUUAGGGGUAUUUUGAACUUGAGAGUACGUAAAGCUGGGACAACUGCAUCAGAGUUUAGUCCAGUCCUGUUUCAUAUUUGCGUAUCUGAAAUCGAUUAAAAUCAAUUUUUUUAGUCA